GAUAUCUCUCAGCAGCAAGAAAAUAGCAGAAGGUACAAUGCUAACAGCUUGUUAGCCUCGGUGAUUUCUAAAAUUUCAGACAUCUAGUGUGAUGAAGAAGAAGACUCGCAUUUGUUUCUAAGGGUGGAUCUGAAGAUGUAGCCUACAGUGUGCCACCUCUCCACCACCUAACCACUCCUGCCCUGGGAUAAUCAGCCCUCUGCCACCCUCACCCUGGAGUACUUUGACCUGCAUCCAGGGCUGCCCUGUGUGUGACUUGGCCAUCCACAGUCACUCCGUCCCCAACGUCCUUCGCCAUGCUGUUCUCUCUUAGAGAGCUGGUCCAGUGGCUGGGCUUCGCGACCUUUGAACUCUUCCUCCACCUGCUGGCUCUGAUGGUCUUCAGCAUGUUGGUCGCCCUGCAAGUCGAUGAGUUCACCGGGCUAAGCUGGUGGCUGGUGUUCGUCCCACUGUUUGCUGCAGACGGCCUCAGCACAUACUUCACUGCCAUCGUGUCCAUCCGGCUUUACCAGGAUAACGAGAAGCGCCUGGCGGUGCUGCGGCUCCUCUGGGUCCUAACGGUGCUCAGCCUGAAGCUGGUGUGUGAAGUUCUGCUGUGCCAGAAGCUGGCCCAGCAGGAGCAAGCCAAAGACCUGUGGUUCGGCCUCAUCGUCUCGCCGCUUUUCAUCCUCCUGCAGCUGCUCAUGAUACGAGCAUGCCGUGUCAACUGAGGAGGAGCUGAAGUGUUUCAUCUAACUGACAACAUAGAAGCAGAAAGCAGCUUUGGGUACAUCCACACUAAUAGGUUUGCAUUUUAAAAGGUUCUCACUACUCCAGCAUUUAAAGACCCCUAAACUAUGCGAGACUGCCCUCGUAUAUUUUAUCCCUUCCUGCGUACAAAACAUUAAAUACAACUAACAUGUGUUGAAUAGCCUAUUAAAAUAGAUACAUUAUAAUGAGACAAAAAAAGAAGAAAUCCACAAGACCAGCACAGUUAAUAAAAAAGUGAAAUAAAAUCUAAAAGCCCAGCGAAUAACAUCGAAUACAAUUAGCAUAGAAAUGAGAGGGGAAUGAAAUCCAGAAAAUAAAUACGGAGUACACGGGAUAAAGACUUCAGGAUGAUAUUGUUGGGGCAAAGUCCUCUGCUGCCUGUAUGUCAAGAUUUUGUGUUGUAGUCUGGACGGGCAGAAACCGAAACUUCUGAAAGUGCUGAUGCAGACGCUAACAUUUCUCAUAGGGCCACAAAAAGGAAGUGAGAACACUGUAGCUCGACUUGGAAACCAUUUAUGAUUGCAUUCUUUAUGUUUGUGAAAAGUAUGACUUAAUUUUUAGCCGUUGCUAAGGCUUCCUCAUAUGUUUCACUUUAUCACAAAUCCCACAAGUUACUUUCAACAUCAGUUCUACCCACAGGAAAAAAACAUAUAAAAGAUGAAUGUAGCUUCUGGGUCUUAAAAAAACAAAAAAAGUGAAGCUAGUGCUAAAGUGCCUUAAAUCUGCCACCAGGGGGCAAUUCCUUUUGGUUUCAAAAUGACUUCUAAUUAUAUAAAAGCCUGUGGGAACACAUCACUUGACUCCCUUGCCCUGUGACGCAUGCAUUUAUUUGUUAAAUUGGUAGUUACAGGUCUUAAUAAAUAAAACAUAAAGGUAAUUUUCUAAUCUUUGGUCAUUAUUGGGUCAGAAAUGUGUUAACCAGUGAGCUUGUGGCAUUCCUGUUUCUCAGUCAGAUCCAAACUUCUUAAAACGCAAGUAUUGUGACAGACCUCAAAGCAUAAUAACAGAACUUCACUAACCAACAGGUGAAGUCACAGUGGCUACAUCUAUCUUUUAUAGACAGUUUAUGCUUCCACUUUGUUGUGAGUCCAAGUAAACAAGCCUGUCUUUGCGCUCUGUCACUGCUGUUCUUCCCCCAUAGUCUUUUGCAUAAGAUUUGUUUCAUCUUUUCACUGGCUCAAGCACACACAUUAGUUCUUAGUCUUCACCAUUAAGAAAAAUCCCUAUUUCCAUUAAAAAUAAAUACUAAUAAUAAUAAUAAAAAUCGUAUCAUCUCAUUAAUCUCCCGUUGUUGUCCAGACUGCACAAGUGAAACAUGUUGGUUUGGACAUGGACAUUUUCUGGUUUAAAAUACAAACAUGUUAGUGUGGGUGUAGCCUUCAUCUGCCAUUAGAGAUUUUAAAGCAUAACCAUUUUUCAUUUUUAUUUUUGUUUUCUUUGGUUCAUUGGCACCUUCCCCCCCC